AUGAAGCAACAGGGAAAGAGUAUUGAACCGUAUUGUGAAGAGAAGAGUGAUUUGAUGUGUUAUCACAAAACCGCCUUUGGACUAUGUUCUGUUGCUCAGUUUACUACAAGUUUACCUCCACCUGAGCAAUAUUUCAGAGCUCAAAGAGGAAAUAUGUUCGGUCAAGAUUUCGGCAAUAAUUCAGUGUGUAUUCGGCAUAAAGGAGCUUGGGAAGCCAGAAUGAAUGGGCUGGUUUCAAGAGAUGCUCGAAUCAAAGCCACUUGUCAUCAGAUUUCUUGUUCUGGUGGUCUCAAAGUAGUUGUCGGUGGACAACCGUUCCCCUGUCAAUCAGGUGUGGCAAGAAUUCAAACGAAGCAGAUUACUGGGGAGGCUAUCUGUCCACCACCAAAUGAAGUUUGUGGAAACUAUGGUGUUUUGGGCGAACCGGUCGACAAGCGUCAACACGGUGGCAACAGACUUAAAUUUAUUGUGCAGUAUGAAGAGGGUUUUCGAAGACAACCAUCAUUUCAACAAUUCAAGAAUGAAGUCGUUCAACGAGCUCUUGAUUUCUGGGAAAGAACGCUGAGUGUAAGAAGACCACCAAACAGGAGACUUCUAGUUCCAAGAGUCAAUGACAAUAAUGAUCUGGCAGGAAGACUGGAAGGUGAUGAAAUUACUGAAGUGGUGGAGAAGGCGCUUAAUUUCUGGUCGAGAGCACUGAGUGUACGGAAACCACCAAACAGAAAACUCCUAGUUCAACGAGGAUGUGUCGAACCGUAUAUCUACACGGAACCAGUUUCAGGCAGAAAGUUUUGCAAAGACAAGUCUCAAAGAGGAAAUAUGUUCGGUCAAGAUUUCGGCAAUAAUUCAGUGUGUAUUCGGCAUAAAGGAGCUUGGGAAGCCAGAAUGAAUGGGUUGGUUUCAAGAGAUGCUCGAGUCAAAGCCACUUGUCAUCAGAUUUCUUGUUCUGGUGGUCUCAAAGUAGUUGUCGGUGGACAACCGUUCCCCUGUCAAUCAGGUGUGGCAAGAAUUCAAACGAAGCAGAUUACUGGGGAGGCUAUCUGUCCACCACCAAAUGAAGUUUGUGGAAAUAAGAGAAGAUGA